AUGAAAUAGGAAGAGCAUAAAUGGAAUGAAAAAUUAUGGAAACCUAUAAUCAGGCCUCAAAGAUAUUCCUAUUAACUUAGUGGCCUUGGAAGUGAAUCUUUUAUGGUUCAAGGUAUUAUAGUCAAAAGAUUUGACUUUACAAUAAAAAAUAAUCGUAAUCUCAUAUUGCAAUGCAGGUUAUAUUUAGAAAUAUAUUAGUUUAUUUGAACCAAUUAAAUUAAUGGAUAAGCCACAUCCUUGCAUCAUUUAUCUUCAUGGAAAUUCAGGAAGUAGAAUAGAAUCGCAUUCAAUUAUUGAUUAUGUGAUUCCAUCCUAUAUUUCAGUAUGUGGAAUUGAUUUAUCUGGUAUAUAAUUACUAUAAUAAAUAAGGAUCUGGAUAGUCAUAAGGAGAAUAUAUAUCCUUGGGUUAUUGGGAAUCUUAAGAUGUUUAGUGUCUGUAUAAUUAUUUGAGAGAAGAAAAAGUAUUCAUGUUAUCGACUAAAAAUGAGUAAUAUAACAUCAAUUGGAUUGUGGGGUAGAUCAAUGGGCUCAGCUACAGCUAUACUGGCGGCAAGAGAAAAUCCUAAUAUUAGAGUGCUUGUUUGUGACAGCCCCUUUUCAAAUUUUUAUAUGUUAUGCUAAGAUUUGGCUAAAUCUAGAUAUCAUAUACCUAAAUGUUUCUUCAAUUGUUGUUGGUGUUUUAUUAAAUCUAAAAUCUAAAAGGAAGCUAAUUUUAAUUUGGAUGAUCUUAACUUACUUUCAAUAGUCUAAAGUAUACUAAUAUUUUAUAUAGCAUUACAAAAUGAUUUAUUGAUAAUUUUUUUAUAAGCAAAACAAGAUGAAUUGAUAUAGAAUAAACAUGCUUCUUUACUGAUGGAAAAUUUUAGAGGGAAGAAAACAUUACUAAGUUUUGAUGGAACUCAUAAUUCUAUAAGACCAAAAGAAGUUAUGGAAUAAUCUGUUGAAUUAAUUAAGAAAGAAUUUGGAUUUUUAAGUUGGAAUUAGACUUCAUUCUAAAAAGAAAUCAAAUUAUCAUCUAGAAAUUCUUCUGUAAAUGCUCCAUUAUUGAGAGCCAGUAAAACUAGUAUAGUACCUUAAACAGAAGAUACUGAAUAAUGA